GGUAUCAUGUGACCGAAAUGAGAGUGGUUGGGCUACGGACUGUCGUGCUUGAUACAAUUACGCAGGGCACAGAUUCACGGGCGGUACAGUUGGGCUAAACUUGCUGCGUGACUGAAAUUGAUGUGUCAAAACCUUAGAAAUGGCUCGUCGAUUCGUUGAACUUGUUCUGUCGUCCAUGUUUACUUUGACUCUCGCCUUAAGGAAGGGCGAACUUCUUGACAUGACAUACGGCUAUGACGGCAACUCUCUGGCUUAUCCUGGGAACGGGUUCUUCCAACUAACUAUUCGAUCACGGGGGCCGGAAGGCACUUUUCCGUGGUUGGAGGAUAACGUAAUUUGUACACCAGAACACAUCGGCACCCAUAUCGAUGCUCCGGCUCACUUUGCACAAGGCAAGAUGCGCGUUGAUGACAUACCACUUGACCAGUUGGUGCGUCCGGCCAUCCGAGUCGACAUCUCCGAAAAAGCGAAAAUGGACCGAAAUUAUUCCAUGACGGUCAAGGAUCUACAGGACUGGGAGGACGUCCACGGCAGGAUUCCAGACGGCUGUCUUCUCCUUGUCUAUACCGGUUGGGGAGUUUUCUACCCGGAUCGGCUGGCCUACUUGGGCACGACGCGCAACGACACCUUCCUCGAUGAACAAGGAAGGUCACUCGUCUAUUCUCCUGGCGUGGCGCCGGAAGCUGCCACGUGGUUGGUAGCAAAUCGUAAACUGUCGGGUAUUGGCAUCGACGCAGCAAACAUCGACUACGGACAGAACGCUCUCGUCACCAGCCAUCAGAUUUUAUUGGGCGCUAACAUCUACGUUCUGGAGAACGUGGCUAACCUGGAUCAACUCCCAAAUACGGGAGCCAAGGUUUAUGCUCUCCCUAUGAAAAUUAUAGACGGGAGUGGGGCGCCAAUACGCAUCAUGGCGAUGUUGGAUGAGGGAAAUACCUCAAGUGUGGUGAUGCCUUUUACUACAUUUACUAUUUACGGAGUAUUUCUUGCCGGUUUUGUUUUUCAGUAAAUAAUGUUUGUUGAAUAUCUGAAAUAUCCGAAAAUACUUGUGGGGUUGAUUUACUUAUUUACUUUAGUGAAUGAUGUUUCUAUUUCAUGUUUCUUAACGAUAAUGGAAGAGUAUCAGGAAUUUUAAGUCCAUUGUAGUCAUUAAUUUUCGUGCCAUCGUAUAAUCUUUAUUAUAAAAGGCGAAUAUUAUAAUCCAGAUGUCUGUAUAGGGCGUUGCCAUGUGUACUAAUUGCAAAAUAUGAAAUUUAAACACGUUUGCAUUUGUGCAGAUGAAUUACUUUAUUUGCUUUUUCUAUUAUUUAGUAUCGAUUUGUGUUUUAAUUUACAUAAAAAAGAUGAACUAUAGCAAGAACAAUUGUGUGCUUUAAUAUGACCAAAUCAAAUGUAUUACAGAUAUGACUUUGCCCCUUUCGAUGAAAACUGACAAAAUAAAACGAAAUGUUCCUUAAGUUAAUAUAACGACUCUGUACAAUGAUUAAGAAGUAUCCACAGGAUAUAAAUAAAAAUAUAAGCAACAUGAGCAGAGGAAAGGAAAAUGGAAUUGAUAAGAGUGCAGAAUACAUGUAGAGUGUUUUAGUUCGAACUUAUAUGUACACUAUCCUAGCAGUAUAAUAUUCCUAUCGUUUUUUGUAUUAAUAAUAAUAAUAAUUAGUAGUAGUAGUAGUAGUAUUCUUACAACCCAGCAUUCCAAAACCAGGCAGAACAAUAUCGACUGGAAAAUAAUACCAAUAUGCCACGGUUUCCAAAUUACCAGUGCCCCCGUGUAUCCCCCCCCACCACUAAAAAAACGAUGAAUGAAUCUUUAACAAGGCUAAAAAAACUUUCCCACAAAACCACUCCACUGAAAGCUGGUGCCCUAUCCUAGAAGAUGCUGGUGCCCAUUAGUAUUCCCUCCCCAGUAAAAUCCUAGCUGCGCCACUGCCCCGUAGCUGGCGGAGAUGCUUGUGACAAAUUAUCUCCAGCUGUUAGUUAACCUCACUUGCGCCCCGGUGGCCAAAAACUUCUCACUCCCUGUCUUGAAAGUCUCAAGUCCUAUGCUUUUCUUGGAUGGGCUGUGAUUUUGCAUGUAUAUUCAAAUGGCUCGUCGACUCCCUGGAGUCGUCCUGAUGUCCAUGCGCACUGUUGUGGUGGUGGUGGUUCAGGGUAGCGCUUCUGGACAAGUCACGCAUGCUGCUAUGACGAACUUGACCCUCUCGCUUAAUAUCCAAGAAAUUGAUUCUUAUUAGGCUUCAGCCCGGGGGGAGGGGAAGCACUUCCCCCUCGUUUUCAGAACCACACAUACUCACAUAAAAGAGUUAUCCUUGCAUGGUGCUACCCCCAAUCCUCUAUAAUUAACUUUCUACCUUCAACAUGAAAAGCUUUAAAGCUCAUUUGGCUUAAGUUUAUGUCCAUAAACUAUAGGUUUUUCCCGGCCAAUUUCGGAAAAUGCGCCAUUUAAUUUGUGAAAUAAACAUUCAAUUUGGCGUAGAUUUUGAA